AUGCCCAACCCGUACGUUGGCAACAGCGAGGCGGCGCGCUACGUCGAGUACUACGCCUCCCCCCGCAUGCAGCGGGACGCCGUGCACCGCCUUUACCACAAGGACGUGCGGCGCCGCCAGGAGUCGCAGCGCCGGGCGGAGGCGGCGGUGUACCCGUCGCCGCCACGGGUCUACCGCACGCAAAAGGAAAUAGACGAUUACGUGAACGCGAUGGUGCACGAGGAGGUGUUUCGACGGCAAAGGAAGUUGGCGGAGUUGGAGUGGGAGUUGUACCACCCCGCCCCCACGCGGUACCUCACGCAGCAGGACAUGGAGCGGCAUCUGCGCCACAUGUACGACCAGCAGCUGCUUCGGCGAGAGCGUCGGGAGCGGGAGAAGCGGCGGAUUUUCGGCACGCCGCCGGCGCAGAAGGAGGCACAGGAGCGGGCGAAAUUCCACGGUCUGGAAGACAACUGGCGCCCGCCGUCGCUGCGUAUUAAAUACGACGAUGGGAAGCAGCUGCUUGUGUCUGAGUUGGCCGCCAUCAACGCCGCCGCCGCGCCACCGGCAACGUGCGAGCAAGGGACACGUGCGCAGCGGCACGCCGAUCCAGAACGACUGCGGUCGCUCGCACAGCCGCUGCGAGUGACGCCAAAGGUGCACAAGGAGACGAAAGCGGAUGCGUUGAUGCCGCCCUUUUGCCUCUUCGGGGAGGUCGUUAGAAAAGCCGAGAAGAGGCGAUAA